AUCGGAUUAUUAGCUUGUAUAAUUAGGAGUUUUCUUGAAAAUCGAUCCAAAGAAAACAUGUUGAAGCUGCUGAUUGCGUUGUCCGCCAUGUUGGCACUGGCCGCUGCCCUCGGGGAUUACCACCAGGUGGAGCACAAGCACAUUCCGAUUGUGCACAGUGAGCUGGUGCAGAGCAAUGACGGCAAAUUCCGGUACUCGUACGAAUCGGCUAACGGAAUCCAGGUCCAAGAGGAAGGCCACGUGAAGAAUUUGGGCUCGAAGGAUCACGAAAUAAACGUUGCUCAUGGAUCGUACUCGUACGUUGAUCCUCAUGGAGUUCCGGUGUCGGUUAGCUAUAUUGCCGAUGAGAAUGGAUUCCAGGUUAAGGGAUCCCACAUCCCAGUUCCUCCUCCGCUGCCUCAUGAGCUAGUCGAAGCCUAUGCCAAGGUUGGAAGCCAUCCGGAGGCUCAUCAUGAUGAGCCGGAGGGUUAUGGGGAUAUCUAAGAAGCAUCCCGAUAGUCGAUUUGUUGUGAAUACCAAAAUGUGAUAUAUUCUC